AUGAAUGUCAUUAACUACUUAGAUACAGAUAAUCUUACCCGUGUAGGUAUCUGUCGGCGGCAUACUGGUAGAUAUGUGCCGGAUCUAGUUCAUGGAUACAUGGAAGGCCUGGCAGGUUUAAUUGGUGCUAUCCAGCGUGGUCUUUUGUUCGGCCACGUAAUUGGUGUAUAUGUCACACGAAGUAUCUGGAUUUGGAUAAAUAGUGUAACUCAUCAUCUUGGUUUAGUUACAUUCGUUGCCUUCUGCAGCGCUACUCUCUCAACGAGCAAGGAGCUGCCAUUGAAUACGAAAAUUAGGCUUUGA